AUGGCCGACCCAGGCAUCACCGCCACGUUCUCCGAUCUCCCGACUGAGAUAAAAGCGACCAUCUUUGGCCAUCUUCGACGAAACGAUCACAAAAAGUCGGCUUGUCUUGUGAGUCGCAGUUGGAGAGAUAUAAUGGCGCCAAUCCUCUGGAAACAUCUUAUACUGAGAGUCGCAACUACCUUACCGGGGGAACUGGCUUGUCUGCUGAAUCCAAACAACGGAGUCCUUACCCACGUGUGUUCUGUCGACAUCUUUGCAGGACGGGACGGCACGACAGAGUUUGUGAUGGAUUCCGAAUUCGGGGUCGCUUUUCAAUUCAUCUUUGGCGCCCUCCAAAAGAAUUGCCUUUCGACACUCAGAUUCUAUAUUGACAUCAGCAUGACUACACUGCUCAGAGUCCUUCAACCUCAGCAAGCGCUCAAAACACUUCGGCUUCGAAGCCUGCUUUCCGAUGCAAGCCUCUCUAGCGACUUGUGUCUCGCCACGCAUAGUCCAUGGGUCACGCCUACGUUGCGCAACAUCAAGAACCUUCGAGUUGUCAUUGAUGAUAGGGUGCAUAACGCGUACGAGAACAGCGCCUAUCUUCUCAAGAGUACGCCAAAUCUCAAGGAACUGAUCUUAGCAGGCCUCUCCAUUAGCUCUUCAUUACACGACAACCAUGGAAAGGAUGCCUUUGGAGGGCCAGGACCAGGGCUUCAGACUCUACAGCUGGACUGUCUUCAAUUUCAUUGUCUGAAUCUCAAGAAGUACCCUGCCUCGUUGCUCACAACCAUCAAUUUCUCCGUUCUUCGUGCGCUUUCUGUCAAGAACUGCCGUAAUAUUGGUGCCUUUGUUACUGCGCUCGUCUCAGGAGCCUCACAAGUACCGGCUUUGGAAAAGCUAGAGAUAAUAGCAGAUCCGUCUUCGACUCCUCUCAAUACGAACAUACAAGCGAUCGAGACUCUGGUGAAAUCCAUCUCUUCACUGCAAAGGCUUUGGCUGGACGUCGGCAAAGGGCGUUUGAUCGAUGUAGCAUGUCUGGUUGGUCAUGGAAAUACGUUGAAGCGUCUUGGUCUAGCAGCUUCAUCGAGAACGCAAGGUCCCUACUACUCCGCCCUUGAACUUGAUAAGGUGCUGGUACAAGCGCCAAAACUUGUGAGCUUAGCAAUCAGUCUUUGUCCGAUCGACCUUGGUCAUGUUGAACAUCUCGGUGCCAAGUUCAAGUUAUUCAAGCAAACCAGUAACGACUAUGUUCUCAGUGAAGCAGAAUUCCUCCUAAUUCGUAUUGCGAAACAUGCAAACCUCCGAUCACUGCGGAUUCUCACAGUGCCCAGCAUCGAUUAUGGGAUGAUUCCGAACCCGAGUAUCAUGGAGAGGAUUGGCCUUCCAGAGGAGCACAUCUAUACCUCAAAAGUAAUGAUGCAUGCAUUUGCUACAGAAGUCUUUCAUCUGCUCGCUAGGAAUGGAUCCAACAUUAGAGCUCUAGCUAUGUCGCCGGAAGAUAUGAAUUCUGCUAAACGACCUGGCUUCGAUGACAACGGGCAUUGCUGGCCCCGUUACUUCUACAAACCCGGCACGAUUCGUACCAUGAGUGGUCAGGAGCACAUUGUUGCUGUUCCGACACCUCUGGCUGAGUUUCUGAUUUUUGGCCCUAUUAACAGGUAA